AUGUCAUUGAGUCUGUGAACGCACCACCGCUAGUCGACUCUCUGGUUCCACUAUGGCGGCCGCUGUGACUCGCGGAGGAGGACAACUUCUACAUUCCGACCAGGAAACUGCACCGAGGCGACGGCAAUAAGUUGGAGACGCGAGGCAGCCGGAGCGAGGGAAGCGCCGGGAAUUUUCCGUGGAUCCGAGCAGGGGGUGCUGAAGAAGAAACCCCCCCCCGGUUGUUAUUUUUCCGCCGACUGUCACUUAGCCGGUUAGCCGCUAAAGCUAAGGCAGCUCAGCGAGUCGCUAGUGACCCAGCGUCGGGGUUUAGCGCCUUGCGAGGGCGACGAACAUGGCAUUUCGUUCCCACUCGGUAAGCGAGGUGGUCGGCAAGGGUGCGCUGAGAGCGUUCCGGGGCCCGCGUGAUAAGUUCGGGAGCGCUCAGUAGCCUAGCCGCGUUAGCGCGUCACUUGUCCACUACUACUCGCGAGCUAUCCAAUUAGCAUUCCCUCCUGUAGUUUGCACUGCUAAUCCCGACCAGUGGGUGUUUUCUUUUUUUGAAUUGGUUCAACGGGGGUUACGGACAGAAUUGGUUUAACGCCUCAACUUGGCAAACACUUUGAUUCUGCAACUGUGCGUUCCAGCCCUUACUGUUGGUGGCUUGUGUCUCAGAAGCAGUGCGAAUUGCAAACCUUUCCCCUCUUACCUACAUAUAAAUAGACAAAAACAAACAAACGAGUGAAUUGUGUGUGCAGUUAAUGUUAGUCUUGCACCGCUAGAAUAGGCGGUAUUGACACUUUCCUUACACAGAUUUAUGGUCGCCACACGAAAGUAAUAAAGAUCUCAUUUGAAGUACAGCAGGAACCUUAAAGUCUCUCCUUGCUUCGGUACUGGAAUAGUUUGAUGGACGUGGGAGGCUGUUUGCCAGACUGUCCCUUCUAUACCAAGUCAUGUAUGUCCUGACACAUGGCGCCCUUCUCAUGGACGGCCAUCGUUUUUCUACCUGAGCCGUGCACAGUGGACGAUGCUUAUUAGUUAGUGCCGCGCCCCCUCCCAAAAGAAGCAAGAGACUAACCGCAGGUCCUGUACGCAAGCCCCAGAUACUGCCGAGUGUUCGUUCGGGGGAUUGGAACGAGACGCCUGCCACUCUGGAUCAAGAAAACCUGUCUCUCGCAUCCGGUUGGAGUAACACUCUUAAGCCAAAAUCAAUGCCUUCAGCGCUGGCUGUGUUCGCCUGCCGACCCAACUCGCACCCAUUCCAGGAGAGGCAUGUGUACCUGGACGAGCCCGUCAAGAUCGGCCGGUCGGUGGCUCGCUGCCGGCCGGCCCCGAACAACGCCACCUUCGACUGCAAGGUGCUGUCCAGGAACCACGCCCUGGUCUGGUUUGACCACAAGACUGGCAAGUUCUACCUGCAGGACACUAAAAGCAGCAAUGGCACCUUCAUCAACAGCCAACGGUUGAGUCGGGGCUCGGAGGAGAGCCCGCCCUGCGAGGUCCUCUCGGGAGACAUCAUCCAGUUUGGCGUGGACGUGACGGAGAACACACGCAAAGUCACACAUGGCUGCAUCGUGUCAACAAUCAAACUCUUCCUGCCUGACGGGAUGGAGGGACGCCGACGAAGCGAUGUCAUCCAGGCUCCGCUGCCGCUGCCUGUAGACAAGGUUGCAGCCAACACUCCCAGCAUGUAUUCUCAGGAACUGUUCCAGCUCUCCCAGUAUCUGCAGGAGGCCUUACACAGAGAGCAGAUGCUGGAGCAGAAGCUCGCCACGCUGCAACGUCUGCUCACCUCCACUCAGGAGGCCUCAGAGAGCAGCUGGCAGGCUCUGAUUGACGAAGACCGUCUGCUGUCCAGACUGGAGGUGAUGGGCAGUCAGCUGCAGGCCUACUCCAAGUCUCAGACGGAGGAUGGCAUUCGUAAGGAGCUGCUGGCCCUGCAGGAGGACAAACACAACUACGAGACCACGGCCAAGGAGUCUCUCCGGAGGGUCCUGCAGGAGAAGAUCGAGGUGGUCAGGAAGCUGUCGGAGGUGGAGCGCACGCUCGGCAACACUGAGGACGAGUGCACGCACCUGAAGGAAAUGUCCGAGCGGGGCCAAGAAGAGCUGAGGGAGCUGGCCAACAAGUACAAUGCUGCUGUCAAUGAGAUCAAAGAGCUCACUGACAAAAUCAAGGCAGCGGAGGGCCGUCAAGAGGAGCUGACCCAGCGGGGAGCGUCGGAGAAGAGGGAGCUGGAGCUGCGCAUCGAGGAGAUGGAGGAGAAGGAGCAGGUUCUCCAGGCUCGCAUCGAGGCGCUGCAAGCUGACAACGACUUCACCAACGAGAGGCUCGCUGCUCUGCAGGUGCGCUUAGAGCAGCUCCAGGAGAAAAGCGUUAAGGAAAACAGCAGCCUGGAUGAAGACGAGGCCUCCCUCAGAGCGGCGGCGGCCGAGGAGCGGCCCGUCGAGGACGCGCCGAACCCGCGGCCCCCGCGGAGCUGCGUGGAAGAGGAGGAUGAGGACGAUGAGGAUACGGAUACUGACGAUGGUGCAGCUGGAGAUUUGGAUGACAACUUUCACGUUAACAACAGCGGAGGAGACACCACUCGAAUCCAACAGUUGAUCGAGUGUCCGCCAGUGAAGCAGCUGAAGGAAGCUGUCAGUUCGUCUAUCCACAAACUGGCAAACUUUGAUGAUGCCCACCUACAGAACAACCAGACAGCAGGAGACGACAUCCUGACCAGCCCGGAUCGACUCAAAGGAAACCAGAUGGAUGCCAAAGAGUCGGACAUGUCGGAUACGCUGAGUCCCAGCAAAGACCGCAGCAGUGAUGACACAUCAGACGGCAACAUGGACGACCAGGACCUCAACGAACCGCUCAACAGAGUAUCUCUGCUCAAAGCCGAGUUGCAUCGGGCUGGCUUGGAGCCCGGCGACACGGAGCAGGUCAUCCACCACCUGCACAGGGAGCUUCUGGAGGCCCAGGAAUUAGCCAACACCGGCAAGCAGAAGUGUCUGGAGCUUCAAGGUGACUCACUGGGAAAAAUAAGAAAUAGUCCCGAUAAUCUGUAUUGUAGCGCAUUCAAAAUGAUGCCGUGUGUGUCUGUAGCUCUGCUGGAGGAGGAGAGGCGGAGUAACUCUCAGCAGACUGAGGAGUCGACGAGACAGAUCCAGUACCUGCAGACUCAACUUGGGAAGCUGCAGGCCGACAUGGAGGCUCUGAGGGAGCAGAGGGAGAACACCAUCUGUAGCACAAGAGAGGACCUCUACUCCGCCCAGGAGGAGAUCCUCGUCCUGCGGCACGCCGUGGAGGCGGCCACGGCCGAGCGGGAGCGCGACAUCGCCGCCCUGCAGCAGGACCUGGGCGCCGUGCGCUGCGAGCUGGAGCGCUGGAGGAGCACGGCCGCCAAGUACGAGGAGGAGAUCGGCCGUCUGCAGGAGGACUUUGCGCAGCAGCAGCUGCAGCGCGACAACACCAGUCAGCUGCAGGUGGAAUGUGCGGCAUUGCAGCAGCGGUGUGCGUCUUUGCAGCAGGACUGUGACGGCCUGAGGGAGGAGAAGACAACUCUCACGGACAAGCUGCACCGCCUGGAGGCCGAGCUGUGCAGCACAAGGGCUCAGAGUCUGUUCCUCAGCAGCAGUCUGGAGUCCCUGGAGAAGCGGGACGAGGUUCUGCGGGGAAAGCUGGGCUCGCUGGAGAACCGGCACCUGCAGGACGAGAGCCGGAUGAAGAUCCAGCUGGACCGGGCCCAGGACCGCACGCACACUCUGCAGAAAGAGUAUGAAGACACACAGUCGCAGCUGUCGGACCUCCGUCAGCGCUACGAGAGAACGGAGCAGGAGAAGACCAACAUCCACCAGGAGCUGGAGCAGUGCAGGAGCAACCUGAAGCUGCUGCAGGACAAGAACACCUCUCCAUCCAUACUGCAGCCUGUCCAAGCCAUAUUCAUGGGUCUUGUCCUGGCUCUGCUCUACUGGUGUUUCGGCCAGUUGUGGUAGAAAGGUCGCUGACGGGGAUCGGUCGGACAACGUCGUCUCGCCAAUUUUCUGCCGCCUGAGGGGAGUAUCAAAGCCGAGACGCCGGCCGCCUGCGUUCCAGGGAAUGCCGGAGAAAAGAGAGUGCGCUCUCGUCUCGCGCCCUGUUUCGUCCAAAGCAAUUGUCCAUCGACUAUUUUCAGAAUCAGAAUGUCCAAAACACACAAGGAAUUUGUCUCCGGUCGUUGGAGCCGCUCUAGUACAACAGUCAAUUUACAGAACACUUUGGGGACAUAAAGACAUUGACAAAAAACAAUUGUGCAAAAAGAUGCAGAGUCCUCGAGCACUUAGAGCAGUUCGAACGACUCAUAUUGCAAUAGUCCGGCGCAAUGACCGUUGCGCAAGGGGCGCCGAGACUUCAAGGAGCGGAUGCGGUUUAAAGUGACGAGUGGUGCGAUCAUCUGGGACAAUGUCGGUUGUGCAAAUGUUGCAGAUACUCCUCAAUCCGUGUGCAAAUGGAGCAGAUGCGACUCUGGCACGAGUGGCCGGUAUAUGCAAAUAGUGCAGCGUGGCGAGACCACUGCAGUGAGUGCACGAGUCAUACGUCAUUGGCCCCACACAAAUGUGACAACCAACUCAAGUCAAAAAAUUGCCAGCUUGUUGAAAUGGAAUUAUAGGUUAGGUGUUUAAGAAGUCGAUCGCAAGAGGGAAGAAGCUGUCGGAAUGUCUACUAGUUCUGGUUUGCGUUGAUCGGUAGCGCCGACCUGAGGGAAGGAGCCGGAAGAGCCGGUGACCGGGGUGCGGACGGUCCGAGAGGAUUUUGCACGCCCUUGUCUUAGUUCUGGCAGCGUGCAAGUCCUCAAUGGUGGGUAGGGGGGUACCGACAAUCCUUUCAGCAGUUUGGGUUGUCCGUCGCAGUCGGAGUUUGUCCUUUUUUGUGGCGGCACCGAACCAGACUGCGAUGGAAGAACACGGGACCGAUUCGAUGACCGCCGUGUAGAACCGUCUCAGCGGCUCCGGCGGCAGGCCGUGCUUUCUCAGAAGCCGCAGGAACUACGUCCUCCGCUGGGCCUUUUGGAGGACGGAGUCGAUGUCGGUCGCCCAACUUCGGGUCCCGAGAGAUGGGAAUUCCCAGGAACUCGAAGGUCUCGACGGUUGUCACGAGGCGGCCGGACGGCGUGAGGGGCAGCCGUGGCGAAGGACGCCUCCCGAAGUCCACGAUCAUCUCUACCGUCUCGAGCGCGUUCGGCUCCGGCUCGCGUCGGCCGCACCGCGGCUCCGGCCGCUCCGCUUCCCGUCGAUAUGCGGACUCGUCACCGGCGAUGACGGCGGUGUCGUCUGCAAACUUCAGGAGUUUGACAGUCGGGUUCGCUGAGGUGCGGUCGUUCGUGGAGAGAGAGAGAAGAGCAGCGGAGAGAGGACACGACCUCGGGGCGCCCCACUGCUGAUGCUGCGUGCGGAUGAGGUGGCGGGUGUGAAAGUGUCCUUUUCAAAUCUGCAGUAGAAGGUAUUCAAGUCGUCGGCUAGUGUGCUAUUGUUCUCAGCUCGGGGGGAUCGUCGCUUGUAAUUAGCCAGCGAUUGGAAUGCACGCCAGACUGAUUUUGAGUCGUUAGCGCAAAGCUGUUUUUCCAACUUUGCUGCAUAGAUCCUCUUUGCAAUGUUAAUUUCUCGAGUUCGCUGGUUUCUCGCUCGAUUGUACAGGGCCCUGUCCCCGCUCUGAUAUGCGUCCUCCUUAAGUUUGGCAGUGAACCACGGCUUGUUGUUGAAUGUGCGAAAUGAUUUUGUUGGGACACAAACCUCUUCACAGAAACCGAUCUAGGAUGUGACGGUGUCCGUAUAUUCAUCCAGGCCGCCGGCUGAAUUUUUCAAAGACACUCCAGUCUGUUUCGACUGUUGACUUGUCAGAUCGGACGUCAUCGAGUUAUCCGAUGCUUGUCACGUCCCGCUUUGCCGGGUUCUGUCUGAAAAGUCAAAGUGGACGCAGCUUUGAAGCGGCAAUCUAUCAGGAUCUCUGUGUAAAAGCGUCUUAAGAUGACGAGACACAGAGAGAGAGAAGAACGAGCCUCUUUCACACGAGAGAUCCAGCAAAAUUUGCGCAUCGGAUCUCCUGAAAAACCUGAUCCGAUGCUCCAAUUUUACAGGAUCUCUGCGAGAAAGUCUAACGAUGAGGAGGCGACUCGCUUCUUUCAGGCUAAGCUCUCUCGCCCCCUCUUUCACACAGAAACGCUCCAAAAUGGUUUCAUCCGUUCCCCUGAAAUGCCUGCUCCGGUGCGCCUUUUUGGUUUUUCCCAGAUCUCGAUUUGAAAGCAGCUCGUCUCCUCUCCGUCUGACUAUUCGACACAGAGAUUUGGAGUUUGAUCUCUUCCUUUGACGCAGAACCCGGCGAGAGGUCGGCCAGCGUCUGGUCUGGUACGACGUAGAAAAUAGUUGUUGUGAAAAUUGCUUUGAAAUGCUAAAGGUUAGAACAAGACUCCCUUUCGCACAGAGGCCGUCCCGCCUUCGAUACGGCCUCCCGGUCGGCAGAAAAUACCCAGCUCGACUUUGUCCCUCCGUCGCGUGUCGGUGCGGCUUUUUGCGGGAAAAUGCUGACUUUUCCAGAAAUUGGCUUCCUCUCUUUCUCCGAGAUGGCAAAAUGUUUUGGCGUGAGGCGUUCAGGGACAACACGCGUUUGGCAAGCCUUUUGAAACCCAACAGACGUGAUUGUCCUUUUGCGCAUUUUGACGAGCGUGAAAUCCGAAGAGCGCAUUUUCCUUCCAUUCUUUUAUCGCCAUGCGCUCGUGCUCGAACGCAUCACAGACUCCAAGUCUCGUAACUCUGCUCCUUAAAGCCCCCGACCCAAAAAGAUGCGGCCUCUCGCACUUGACAACUUAUUGAGCAUGUUGGACUCAAAGAAUGUUUUUCAUUUUAUGAAGAAGAAUCUUUAAGGAGCUUAGUUCCCUUUUGUUCCGUCUCAGCUGCUCCGUUGGCUUUUUUUGGCCAUUUCAAUGUUUUUGUGCACAUGCAUGCGCCUGCUUCACAUCUCCGCUUGGAUUUGUUUUCCGUUCCGCUUGAAUGUUGUUCCCGUUUCUAAAACUGUUUCUAUUCUCAUAUGCACGCAGGCCCUCAAGGUACAAAGAGAUCGUAUUUUCGAAGUCUAUUUGUUGUACUUAUUUGGUAUUUUGGUUUGUUGGUUAGGGUGAGGGGCUGCACUCGGAGGGGGGGGGAACAAAAUCAUAUUUUUGCGCCCCCAAAAAAAAGUCGACAUUAGUACGAGUAAAAAGUUACAUUAGCGAGAUGUGACAAGUUUUUCUUUGACGAAGACAACGGUCAUGACUAAAAUCCAGACAAACGAAGGGUUCUUAGAGAAUCCAUUAUUUUAUGGCCUUGAAGGUGUAGCAUUAAAUAAUACAUAUUUUGUCACGUCAUUAUUUAGUACGGUGUGUGUGUGUAGGCAGUCUCCACUGCGGCGCGCUCAUCCGUCUGGGACCCGACGACAUCAUGGUCCAAACGGCGAGCGAGCGAGCGCGGACGUGACUCGGCGCGACAAUUAAAUGUGACUCGCGCGCUUUUGUUUGCGCGAACAGCAACGUGGGAACAAAUUUAGAAUCGGAACAAGAAGACGAAUACAAUCUUACGGACUUUGAGGGCCUCGAAAUGUGACUUUGUUGACCAACUUUUCUUUCCCUCUUUCUAUUUACCUUUUGGCAAAGUUACAACACAUGCAACCUGCUCACCUCAAUAUCUUGGUGUGUGUCUGUGACUGUGUGUGUUUUCGGAUGUGUCUUUGUGCGUGGGUAUAUUCGUGUAUGCAUCUGUGUGUCUGCCUUUGUGGUUGUUUGUCCGUUUGUGUGCAUGUGUGAGAGUCUGCGUGUCUCUCAUCUGCGCGCAUGUCUGCGUGUGUUUGUGCGUCGUGCGUCUCCCGACAGGGCGGCUGGAGCCCCUGGGUGCCGGUCGUCGCGGCGAUGGUCGCCGUGACGGCAGCCGUCAUCUACCCCAACCUCUCCAAGAGCGGCUCGGCCU